UUUAUCGCAUGAAUCGGCUGCAACAACUCGUGGAGAUGCAAGACGAAGCCCUUGCGGUAAGCAGCACUCACUCCGACGACUAUACGCCGGCGAACACCUUAACUAACGAAGAAAAGCAACUGCAAUCUGCUGAGGAGGCCAGUGGACGUAGCGCAAAUGUGCGCACACCCCAUGUCGACUUUGCCGAUCUGGCGCGUGACCGGGAAGACGCUCGUCUGGAUGCCGAGGCUGAGAGGAAAGGGAAGGAACCUGCUAUUGUGAGGCCGGAUACAGGCAUGCAGUCGGAUGAAAGCUCUGUAUCACCGGUGCCACGGGAUGUGUCUGCCUCGGGUGAUAGCGAUUAUAGUGCGGGAGAGAUGGCGGACCGAAGUUCGCCCGUGGUAGCUAACGGCUCUACUAGCCCGACUGCUGACCACCAGAAUAAUACUCCACACGCACAGAGUAUGGGAGUGGAGCAGGAUACAACUAAACCGAAUUCACGUGAAUUGCCCAAUAUCCGGGUAGAUCUCAUAAGCGGGGAUGAUAUAAGCCUUGAUGCGUUAAGCGAAGGGGUGACGAGGUUACCGUCUAGCGUGCCGGGUGCGGGCACGAAUCAAAGUGCUUCGAAUAGCAAGAGUAAAGGCGCGAGGACCAAUCAGAAGGCGCCGAAUACAAAUCGGGGAAAACACAUACGCGCGCGUUCGACUACCGGCGGAUUCACUGACAGUCUGCCCAGCUUGAGUGAGGGGAGGAGGCGGGGUAGGGCCAACUCGUACUCACCUGUACAGCAGUUGAGUGUGAGCUUAGCGUUAACCGCAGCCACGCCCAAUGACGAGCCAGAAGAGCGCAAGAAAGCGAAGACGAGCUCUGAUGCUUUACCAAGUAGCGCUGAUGCGAUUAAAUCGCGAUUGGGAACGGGAGGGAACUUGAAAAUCGACACGUCCUUUAGAAAACGGUCCCAGUCGUAUGGAUCGAAUAUGAAUGCGCUGGCGGGCGGGAAUGGCGGUGUCAGUACACAAGAUGAGGGCAAUCAGGUCCAACACACUAACAGCAUGUCUCCACUAUACAACUCAGCCAAGAAAUUCGACAACCGGCGGGCGAGUUCAGUCAGCGGAACGCUCAACCACAACGACAAAUCCCUCAACAACACCUUCAGCUUCUCAAACGACCACCGAGCAAGCAUGUCGCAAUCACAACCGGGCAACACCAAUAGCAGCACUAGCACCACUUUACAACGCCAGGACUCGUUGGAGAAGUUCCUGAGUGUCAAAAGGCUGUCUCAGAUCGGUUCACAGUACGGCUUUGCCGCCUCGAGGUCACCCUCGCCUCCGCUCUCAAGCGAUGCCAACAAGCUCGGCGGCACAAAGAGUCAACCAAGUAUAUACAGGAACAGGGCUCCCGUCUCAGAAUCCCCUACCUCAACAAGGAAUAGGAGCGGGAAUAUGUUGAGGGCAACAAGAAUAUACAGCAGUCAGGAUGCGCUCCAAACCUUUUCCACCAACAGCUCUAAUGCGAGAAGUAGGGCCAGGUCUACGACUGCCUCAUUCAUGGGAAGCGCUUCUAUCCCAACAAACAUCGCAAGUGACGGAGUUUCUUCACAUGCAACAAACGAGAGUGCCUCAUCAUCGGAAGGUAAAGGACUCGAACGCAGUAGUAGCACCGACUAUGACAGUGACAGGCACUACGGGUCAGCAAUAUCCGCGAUCUCUGAUGCUGAUAGACGGUUACAGUCAGAUACAAAUCCAGAAACUGCUUCACCUACAGAAAUAAAGGUAAACUCCCUGGUAGACUCUCAAGCGAGCCAGGAACACAACGCAUCUGACCCCACAAGCGAGACCGCUUUGCCGGGCUCUCCCACUAGCAGUGACGCUCCACAAGUAUGUAGUGGUGUAGAUGCGGAUGUAAGACCGAGAGAGGAUAGGACUGUCCUGGGAAGCAGCAGCACCAACUCGACCAACAGUACAGCUAACCAGGCGAAUCGUUCGAGUAUUAGACAAAAUAUGCGACUACCGCCGAAGCUGUCGAUUGUGCCUCCGAGCGAUCCCUUGAUAGUCGCAGAUGAGGACGGGUGAAUGAUGCAAUAGGAAUUCAAAUAUAAAAGCAG